AGUUUCCAGAUGUGAGGUGAGACUUUUUAACAUAUCUUUAAUAUCUACGUUUACGUUGUGAGUCCAGUAACUGACAGCAGGUUCGUAUUGCAGGUGUAUCCGCCUCCGUCCACGUCGCUGGGCUUCAGGGUGAGUUUCCUCCUUUCUCCUGUUGAAGAUAAUACAGACGACAAUCCUAAAGGGCGGGUUAUUUAUAAUGAGGGAGUCCAGGAAGGGGGAGAUGACACUGUACUGUAUUUCAUGACCUUGCCAGCCCAUUGGUUUGACCACUGAUCCACUUCCAUAAAGAGAAAGUGGAGGCUUUAGAGGGAUAUCACACAUCGCAAUAUAUACCUAGUGAGCCCUCGGUCGACGGGACUCGGUCUGUGUCUGUGACCCAUCAAGCUCAGCUCAGUAGCAAAUCCCAGAUUUGAAGCUGAGGACCCUGUUUUCGUUCUGAUUGUUUUCAGGCAGCAGCAGCAUCCUUCCGCUAACAUGGCUGACGAGAAGCGACUCUCUGCGAGACGCAAGCACACGCUGAAGAGCUGCAUGCUGGUGGUGGCCAACACUCUGCUGGAGGCCGAGGCAGAGAAGAAGGCGGAGGAGAGGCAGACGUUCCUGGCUGACAAGCUCCCUCCCCUGGAGCUGCCGUACUCCAGGGACGAGCUGCUGGAACUUUGCACGAAGCUUCAUGAGCAGAUUGACGUCAGUGAAGAGGAGAGAUACUGCAUAGAGUUCAAGCUGAACAUGGUUCUGAAUGAGGUGAGAGACCUCAACAUAAAGAUUGUGGAUCUGCGAGGAAAGUUCAAGAGGCCCCGUCUGAAGAAGGUGCGCAUGUCGGCCGACGCCAUGCUGAAGGCGCUGCUGGGCUCCAAGCACACGGUCAACAUGGACCUGAGGGCCAACCUGAAGCAGGUCAAGAAGGAGGUGAAGGAGGAGGACAAGCAGCUGCGCGACGUGGGAGACUGGCGUAAGAACAUUGAGGACAAGUCUGACAGGAAGAAGAUGUUCGAUAGUUAAAUGUGACCUGUCUCCAGAUGUUUCGGAGGCUUAUGAGUGUUUUCAGGUCGAACGUCUUUAAAUCUGAAGAGUUUUAUUUUGAAAAGAUGCAUAUGUGUUCCCUUGUUAUUUAAUGGAAAUCUGUGAUAAAAGCGAUCAGAGCUUCUAAUGAGCACAGUUUAAUGAGAGGCCUUAAGCAGCUCAGGUUGUUUACAGGUGUUUAUGUUUUCAAGGCAUUUUAGGUUUUAUACUUUAUCACUGAGCUGAGAGCGAUGAGGUGGAGCCAGACUCAAUUUGGAACUAAAUUCUUUAGUGAAAUCGAAGCAUCUUCUGCUUCUGGGACGUGUGUUGAAUCGAAGCUGCUCUGGUUCUGUGAAGGCAACUGUUUGUCUGUUUGUGAGCUUCAGCUGUUCAGGAUGUGAAAUGUUUGUCUGUCACAUUAAAUACAAAAGCUUAAUGUUCA